CAAGUUCUCCAACAAGGCAACAAUAAUAUAAACUGUCAUGUUUAGAAAUUUCAAAAUAAUUAUUAAGACAGUACGAAAUUACUGAUAAGACUAUUAUAAUAAUUGAAUUUCAUUUAAUAAAAAUUUAAAAUGGAAAACUAUGGCGUUGUGGAAGUUCUCUGAAUCAUCCCAGCCGUUACUAAAGCGUUGUCUUGAAGCUUCUUCUACCAUUGAUCCCGAUAAUAUAUGGGUGCAAAAGUUCGGACAUCUACUUCAGAAAAGAAAUUUAGGUAAAAAUGCAAAUGAGAGUGAGAGAAAAGAGAUUAAAACUCCAUCACCAACUAAAGUUGAUAGUAAAGCGACUGUGAUUGUAGAAAAAGAAGAUGUUCCAGAUGAAUUGUUACAGGACAUUGUAGAAUCCGAUCCAGUUUCCCGCUUCGAUUUCAUCGUCGAACAUUGUCUCAAUGAUUCUAAUUUAUACAAAAAACUAGCCAAACAACUACCUUUAAUAUCGAUUGAAAAGUUAUGUAACCAUAUUUUUCAAACUGAGAAUGUAAAAUUAAAAUUCUUAGAAGAUUUCUAUAAAAUCUUUUUACCGGAAUUUUUGAAACGCGAACACUCAAUAUCAUCUAUAGACAUGUUGUUAAAAGCCAAAAAAUAUAAGAGCGAAUAUUUUAAUUACUUUUUGGAGUUACUCAUAAAAGAUACAGAUUUACCGAGUCAAGUUUUCCAGCAGUAUAUAACAAUAAUUGAUAAACAUAAUCAGAUAGAAUUGAUGAAAAAUAUAGUAUUAUACGAUUUAUCGAACGAAGUAUUCAUUCAUCAUUUACACUCAAUAUAUUUAUUAUAUAAAAAUUGUCCAAAAACUGAACAUCUGCAGAAGCAUAUAUUCCUAAAACUGUCAAACGCGUCACAGCAAUGUGCUAGUGAUACAAACUACGGUCGUUUACUGUUAAACUUUGUUCAAAAUCAAAAGAACUUCACGUCAAAUUUUGCCGCAAUAGAAAAAGUUAUUAAUAAACACAGAUCACCAUUUAAAAAACCUUGUUUGAAUGCGUUUAAUGAUUUAAAAGAAUUACAAGAAUAAAAAACUAUA